AAUUUAAUUAUAUGAAAAAAAUAAUUUGAACGGAAUACAAUUAUACAAGUGUCCUGAUUGUUACCAAAUUUGAUACGUUACUGUUGCACAAGUGCAAGAGUGAGACCGACAGUAGGGUCCAUCGUGGAAAAUGGCUUUACUCGCGAGAAACAUCUGCAAGCUAUUUUCGCAGACUGCCCAAAAGGGAACUGUUAGAACAUUUCAUCUAGGAGCAGUAUGUCAACAAGAUGCUGUGGUCGAACAAGAUGGUAAGAUAAAAUGUACCCUCAUACCAGGAGACGGUGUCGGGCCGGAACUGGUUGUUUCGGUUCAAAGCGUUUUCAAAGCAGCCAAUGUACCGGUUGAAUUUGAACCUUACUUCCUCUCGGAAGUAAACCCAACACUGAGCGCACCGCUCGAACAAGUAUCUAAUAGUAUUGCAAGAAAUCAAGUAUGCUUGAAGGGUAUUUUAGCAACGCCGGACCAUUCCCUUACCGGGGAACUACAAACGUUAAACAUGAAACUGCGUAAAAGUUUAGAUUUAUAUUCGAACGUUGUGCAUGUAAAAUCUCUGCCUGGUAUUAAAUGCCGUCAUAACAAUGUGGACUGUAUUAUUAUCAGAGAACAAACAGAGGGAGAAUAUUCUGCAUUGGAACACGAAUCUGUAAAGGGGGUGGUAGAAUGUUUGAAGAUAGUAACAGCAACUAAGAGUCAAAGGAUUGCAAAAUUUGCAUUUGAUUAUGCGGUGAAGCAUAAUCGCAAGAAAGUUACGUGCGUUCACAAAGCUAACAUCAUGAAACUUGGCGAUGGUCUCUUCUUAAAAUCGUGCCAAGAAAUUGCUAAGAUGUAUCCUAGGGUUACGUUUGAAACAAUGAUCGUGGAUAAUUGUACAAUGCAAAUGGUAUCUAAUCCACACCAGUUUGAUGUAAUGGUAUUACCAAAUUUGUAUGGUAAUAUCUUAGAUAAUCUUGCGUCUGGUCUAGUCGGCGGUGCAGGUGUAGUGGCAGGUGCCAGUUACAGCCCGGAGUGUGUCGUCUUUGAACCGGGUGCAAGACACACGUAUUCAGAAGCUGUCGGCAAAAAUGUUGCAAAUCCUACUGCCCUGCUUUUGUGCGCCGUGAAACUUUUACGUCAUGUUAAUUUGAAACACUACAGCGAACAGAUAAAAGACGCACUAAAUCGUGUCUUAAACGAUGGAAAAGUAUUGACGAAAGAUUUAGGUGGACAGAGUUCUACAACGGAAUUCACAAAUGCUGUAAUAAAUUGUCUUCGUUGAGUAAUUAUUAUUAUGUGAUCUCUGUUAAUUUAAAAGAGACUUAUGUAAUAUAGAAUGAUAUAGAAUAGAUGUAUUUGUGCUUCUUUCGCAUUAUCAGAAAAUAUUUGAAACGAUACUUUCAAAUUGUGCAGUAUUAUCUUGAUGUAGACUGUUCUUGGCUCGUUCGCUUUCAGUCUAAUCAACAGUGAUAGAAUUUUAUUUAAAACGAUUAUAUUCUGUGAAUAGAAAUGUCUAAACUUUCUAUCAAGAUACUUUGCCAGUUGUAUGAUAACAGUGUAAUACUCUAAUUG